UGAGUUUUAAACACCAACUUACUAUUUUCUUCAUGAAACAUUCGUUUACUUUUUAUAGUAGUGGGAAAUAAAUAUUGACGAUGUUUUUAUGGUAUCGGACAUAUAUAUGUACAUUGUGGGAUUACUUUGAUAGAGAUACUGAGACUUAAUUAAAAUACACAUUUCGGAUUCUUAUAUUAAUCAGCAUAAAAUAAUAUACAUUAUUGUAGUUUAGAUUGUAUAUUUAAUUUUCAUCAUUUUCGUCAUGGAUUUUAAUAUUAUUUCGAGAUUAUUAUUUUUUGUUGCAUUCUUAACUUUUCAAAGUGUACAGUGCUAUAGUAUAUGUAAUAGAACCCCAAUUCAUACAACUGCAACACAAAAACCCGGGGACAAUGGAUUUACAAUAAGGAUUUUAGACCUUCCUAAAAACGAGAAAUACGUUCCGGGCGAGACAUACACAGUGAAAAUUAAUGGAAGUUACGAUGACCAAAUGUUAAUGGGUUUGAUGUUAGUAGUAGUACCAAAAGGGGCCAAAGACGAGAAGAUAACGUUAGGAGCACCUAAGAUUUCUUGGGAAUCUCAAGUGAAAACUGACUCAGAUUGUGACCAUACAGUUAUCACCCAUCACUACCUCAUGCGUAAGAAGGGAUUAGAAUUCAAAUGGCAGGCACCAGAAAAAGGUGCCGGAUGUGUAGAAUUCAGGGCGACAGUUGUCGAAGCUCCAGAGAUUUGGUUUAAGGAUGAUGGAAAUUUAACAAAAGUUAUAUGCGAAGAUGUUCCAGCAAUGGCUCCAUUGGGUGAUGGUACUGGUGAACAUCGUUCUCAACCAAGAAGCACAUGUUGUGCCUGUGGGAAUGCCCGAUACCAUAUGCAUUUUAAAGGAAUUUGGUCCAGACAGACCCACCCAAAACAUUUUCCUCUAAAAGAGGAGAGAACACGACUUUUGCAUUGGUCAAGUAUAGUUGGUGCUUCUCACGGCGAAGACUAUAGUAUAUGGGAGUAUGGGAGACCAGCCUCCAGAGCUGUGAAGGAAGUAUGUGAAUAUGGAUAUGUUAAUCAUAUGGAACAAGAAAUGAGAAGAAAUAGUGAAAAGAUACUGACAGUUGUAAAAACCCAGCCAUUAUGGGGUGAAAGGGACAUAACCAAGAAAAGUCUAGAUACACAGAUCAAUGUCAACCAACAUAAUCAUUUGAUCUCUUUAUUGUCGAUGAUUGGUCCAAGCCCAGAUUGGUGUAUAGGUGUAAGUAAGUUGAACAUGUGCAGAGCAGAUUGUAAGUGGGAAGAUGAAAUAAGUAUAGAUCUGUACCCAUGGGAUGCUGGGACUGAUAGUGGUCUAUCAUACUUUUCUCACAAUAUUGAAACAGACCCACCAGAAAACAUCCAUAAAAUUUCUAACUCGUAUCCGAACCACGCUGAAUCUCCAUUUUAUGGUAAACAAAAAAUAAAACCAAUGGCAAAAAUAGUCUUUACAAAAACAAAAGAGGUGUGUAAAACUGGAGAUACAGAAGAUUCGUCGGAAGAUACAAGUGCAACAGAUCUGAUAGAAAUGAUGAAGAAGAAAAUGAUGAUGAAAAAGAAAAUAGAACAAGAAAAGUGUGCAACGAGUGAUUGGACUGAAUGGACAGAUUGUAAUAAUCCAUGUGGAGUAGGGUCCAUAGAAAGGAGGCGAUUUUUAAGGAAUCCACAAAUUCAACCGUCGAUAUGUGGAAUAGAUCUUACGGAAACGAAAUCCUGUUUAGGAAACUGUAAAAAAGACAGAGUGCAGAAAGAGCUUCCUGACGACUUUGUUGUAAGACAUGAUCCAAUCAGGAAGGUGGAUGACAUUUGUGCUAUAACACCUUGGUCUGAUUGGUCGCCCUGCAGUGUCACGUGCGGCCUCGGUAUCAGAGAAAAGUGGCGAAUGUUUCUUCGAAAAAGUAAUCUCACAGAUAACUGUGGACUCCAUCUAAUGGAAAAAGAUGUUUGUGUUAGCAAAAUUAAAGAUUGUAAACUAGCACAAAAAAUGAAAAAUUUUACAGCAAUAUGUUUGCAACCAUCUUACAAUGGACCAUGUACCGGUCAUUUCCUACGUUAUUACUAUAACCAUUCACUGAUGACGUGCUUGCAAUUUAACUAUGGUGGAUGUCGUGGCAAUGAAAAUAAAUUUGAAACUGAGAAUGAAUGUAACAUGUACUGCAGGGAUCAUAUGGAAAAAGUUGAUCCUAGAUUAAACUCUGUUAUUGUAGAAGAAGUGAUGAUUCCAAAAAAGAAAGAUAAAAUGUCGGAUGACGAAGCCAAACGAAGGAAAAAAUUAAGAAUGAAAAAGAAAUCAAAUCGGAAAAAUAAAAAUAAGCGAAUGCGAAAAAACAAACGCACUAAACAUGACCCAAGCUUAGGACCAGCAAUAAACUGUGAAGUAACUAAAUGGUCUGAUUGGUCAAGAUGUUCGGUCACCUGUGGUCGUGGCUUAGUGACGAAAACAAGGAAAGUUAUUACCAAAGAUUCGAAUGGUGGAAAACCAUGUCCUAGAAAAUUAAUGAGAAAGAAGAAAUGUAAAUCACCGAAAUGUCCUAUAGACUGCCAGGUUGGAGAAUGGGGACCAUGGUCACCAUGCUCACAGUCAUGUGGUGAUGAUGCAGUUCAGAAACGAAGGCGAAAAAUACUUAAAAAGCCAAGACGUGGCGGAAUGGAUUGUCCUUCUCAUAGACAAAAAAGACGAUGUGUAGUGCCGAUGUGUCCUAAAGCUGAUGUAAGAUCCUAAAAUAAGAACCUUCAGAUAUGGAGAAAAUGAUGAGAGAUGCAAUGUCUGCUUCAUUUGGACGACGUUGACGCUGAUUUCCUUAACAGACUUUCUAUAAGUUAGUGGCAGCAGCGUAACCUCAUACCUCAUAUCGUGUACAUGUUAACUGUGUUUUCAAAACGCAACGAAAUACCCAUAAAUGGGUACUAAAUCAGGUCUUUCACUUUCAGUUGGUGUGUUAAAUAUGUUAAAUGCAAGACAUAUCCAAUUGCCACCAGAACUUUGCAUAAACAUAGCUAUACACCGAGUAAGACGUAUUAAUGAUUAUAAUGUAUAUUCUGAUUGAUGCAGAGUGUGACUUGAUUGUGCAAUUUUUAGGUUACAUCUGAUUUAUAAUGAACGUGGUAGUGGCAUUCUUAUUGAACGUCAAUUGAUAGUAAAAAGUGCUAACAUAAAAUAAUCGGCUGACAAACUAGUAUUUUGGCCAGUGUUUUGUGCUUUUAUAAAAAAAAAAUCACAAAUAAUAUUAUUGUUUAACGUGUAAAUAUGAUGUAAGUUUCUAUGUGAGUAAAAUAGAUUAUGAAUGAGUGUUAUCCUGAGUUGGUUGUUAGGAUGAGUAGCAAUUGUCAUGAAAUUUAUGUAUCACAACAAAGACCGACUACAUUUGUUUGCAUGAAUUUUAUAUUCCGCUUGAUGAAUAAAGUUUAAAACUACAUCAAGUUGGAACAAAUUACUAAGUAAUAUUGGUCAAGAAAAAAUUGUAUAUCUUAUCACAUUUAAUUUUGUAAUUACUUCAAGUAUAUGUAAAGUAUAUAUAAUAUCUUAACAGCCGCUUUUUUUUGGUUACACAACUUCAAUGCCAGAGUAAUUUUUCAAUCUUUUUGAACAUCUAAUAACUAAUUAACGUGUAUGAUGUAUGAUGUUAAACUGUUUUAUCAGUGUCAUUUAUAUUGUUUCAUGAGUAACCAGUCAAAUAGGUCAAUCAUAACAUUAGCAAGUUUCUCAAAGUAAUAUUAACAGACUUUAUUAACAGAACAAAUAUACCACUAUUCCAAAAUUAUGAUGCAUACACUACAAGGUUGCAUACUGUCUACCACUGUUAACACACCUUUUAAAACAGAAAACAUUUUUUUUUAAAUAUACUUCAUCGACUCUGAACUGAAAAUGUAUACAAUAUGAUAACGUUAAAAAUUGUGUAAGCUUGAGAAAAUGAGAUUGUUUUAUAAUGGUUGUGAAAGUGUGGAAGCAAAUUGAAUGUGUGUAAUUGAAUUUUUGAAUGGUUUUAUUAUUUAUAUUUAUAUGUUGUUAUAUAUUAUAUCUAUUUCCAUUUGUGUUUCAUAUUAUUGUUACUUUUUAUCUGUAAAAUUUCAAAAUGCAAAAGUUUUCGUAGUAGUCAUAAUUAUAUUUAAGCCAAUAUCCGAAAUUGAAAUCCUUUUAUUGGAGACUGAACACUGCUUAUAUGACUAUACAUUGAUCAUGUAGCAGACUUAUUAAAUUAAUACCAUGUAUGUUCACUGAAGUUUAGUUUUGUGACAUGAACUGCUAGUGCGGAUCUCGAAAUUAAAUAUUGAGAAGCAGAUUAUAAGGAGGGCGUGGACUUUUGAUUUUGCGGUAUUGAGGCUGAAAUGAUUUUAACAUUUGACAAGUUUUCGAGAAAUCUGACAUUUUUUUAUUUUUUUGUGAAGUUUUAAGUGGGAGGACGCACAACAAGCUUCGUUUGAAAACCCUUUAGUUACAUAUAUGAGAAUACUUAACAUAUAAUUUUCGUACUCAUUGAAGAUGUGUUAUUCUUCCACCUAAUAGAUUAAUCAUUAACCAUAUUCCUGUCUAAAACUCAUCUAAAAUGAACUACAUUAUUGUAGUUUAGAUAUUGAAUUAAGGAAAUUAUGAUGUAAAAUUUCUAUCUUAUUUGAUUACAGAUCUUGUGUACAUGUUAUCGUUUUGCUAACAAGGGGUUAAGUUCUGAAAACAUUUUGGGUUCUCCAGUUGUUAUAUUGAGAAAAAAAUUAAGGCCGGAAAUUUCAUCAGAUAUAUUUAAAGCUUUCCAAAAAAAGGUUAAAAUGUUAGGCGUAUGUUUCAAGAGUUAUUGUUUUUGCUAGCAGAGAAGAAUAAGCACAUGCAUUGUCGUUAUCUACAAUUAUACUAACUUUCACUGAGAGGGAAAAUGAACAAUACACGUGUGUGUAACCUUAUUGCAAGAAAUUUCAAGAAUAAGAAAGAUAUGCCGUAUGCAAAUAAUAAAAAGGCUCAAUUGGGGAGAUUUAAUGUUAUAGAAAAUUCUGUCGGAAAUUAAAAAGAGCUGCGAAAGUUUCCCUGUUAAGUUAUAUUGUUUUUCGAAAAAGGUAAAAUACGAGAAUAUCUUCAGGAGUAGAUAACCAUAGAUUUAUUCGGCAAAACCUUUCGGAAUUUGGGUCCUAAAUGCUCUUCAUCUUCGUGCCUUUUUUGGCCUUUUUAACUUUUUUUUAUUCGAGCGUCACUGAUGAGUCUUUUGUAAAAAAACGCGCGUCUGCCGUAAAAUAAUUUAAUCCUAGUAUCUAGGAUGAGUUUAAUCAUACAUUUCUUUUGCGUAAUAGAUUCUCUUUGAUAAAAAUAGUUAGGUUACACAACAAGACUUUUACAUUUUCCUUUUAAAGACCGCAUAUUAUAAAGACAGCCAUGUUUUCACAUAAGACCAUACGUGGAGAUGGUCAGGGUUUGAUGUAAGACCACAUAUAAAGAUGGUCAAAGUACAAAUAUCGUUAAUUAUCCUUGUUUCACCUCUGCAAAAUAAUGUUUCUUUUCAUUUAUAUGUUUUGUAUAUUUUGUUCAUUAAAAAGUUGUAAAAACUGAA